GAGCUCGCAUUUUUCGGAUGCACGAUUCGAUGACACGCGCGUCGAUAUCGGCGCCCGCGUCUCCGUGCAUCUUCCACGUAACACGUCGCGACAGGAACGUAAAUGUGGGGCAAAUCGAAACUGCAAUUAUCCGACAUUGACUGCGUUGCCGGGGGUCGGGGGUAUUUUUAAUCCCCCCGGCAACGGUGGGCAGAGAGGCGCGGGGCGCGGGCGACCUGCGAGCUUGACGUCAAAGCGGACUAGGCGCGGAUGAUUUGCUUCGCGUACACGUAUAUAUACUUGGACAAGCACACCGCUACGGCGAAGCUCCUUUAUCUGUCUCUCUCUCUUUCUCUCUCUCUCUCUCUCUCUCUCUCUCUCUCUCUCUCUCUCUCUCGAGUGAUCGAUCGGUCACCGCCUUCCACUCGCGAUCAUCCUCUCCCUCGCGACAUAUAUUUUUCUUCGUAUUUCAACCCGCGCGACGGCCGCAUCUCCCCUCGCGAUGAUCGAUGGUCGCGCGGCCUUGAGAUCAUUUGUUCACGCGGCGGAAUAUCGAUAAUUUUAGUUAUACGCGCGCUGCUGUCCCGUUAAAUUAUGCUCCUUCGUCUCGGUCCGGGUCGAAGAGGAGAAAAAAGCGAUUGGCCGUGAAGGGAGCAGGGGAGAGCGCGAAAGGAAGAGGAAGAGAAAGAGGGAGACUCGGAGAGGAGUUACGCGACGAAUGUGGGCGAUACGAUGUUAGGUCGGGGUGUUUGGCCGCGAUUGAUCGUCGUCAUGAGGAGAGCUCGUCACCGACGAUAGGGCAACAAUGAAGUAAUCAUUGCAGGGUUAGUGAUGUCGAAAACCGUGGAACACUAGUCACAGGAGAUAGUCCAUUAAGACCCGCUGUCAAAGUGCCUGUCCAUAUUCCCGCGGUGACAAAUGUCAGCGAGGAUGAGCGUAAAAGACAAGGGAGGCAUAAUCGUUUAUCGUAAGUCACUCGCGACUUACGCGGGCCCAACGGCGUAGCCGUUUUACGUGUCUCUCUCCCGCUCUCUCGCUCGGAAGUCGGACAAUUGCGCCGACGUGAAGAACCGCGCGCGUUCGCGCGACGUCUGGGAAUCUUCUCACUCUCCGUCCGCGUUCGUUCGCGUCCACCGACGCUCGCGCAAUCGUACAUUUUUUUUUGUUCAAAAUCCAUUCGCGAAACGAAAAGAUAAGGAUUUCUCCCUGUCGCCCUCUUAGAAAAAACAGAUUUGUCCAAUUUAAUAGCCGUGUUAUGCGUGCGCGACUCAGAAGAUUUUCGUAGAUCCAAUCGUAUUAUAAGGAUAUUCAUCUAGAAAACUUGCCCGGUGCGAAGAGCGAUGUUUCACGACGGACGAGCGAACGGACUUGGACUUGGCAUUUUCACGGAGCAGGAGUCUGGAUUUAUACAAACGUCUCCUCUCCCCUACCUUCCGCAACAUGCACAUGCGUACGGGGGUGCCGCGCCCCCCGACGGCGACGCCUUUGACAGUUGGCGUCUUCCUACGAGUUACAAGGAGAGCUGCCCGGCCGAACAAUGAUCCCGAAAUGUCGCCGCGCUCGUUCGGGUAAACCGGUCUUUAAGAGGCGAGCGAGGAGAUCGAACCCGUGUCACUGUGCCUGUCUCCGUACCGACCACUCGCUUAUUUUCGGUCCGUCCGAAUUUCAAUGGCAAGCGACGCUGGCAACCCGCCAGCGGCGCCCCAGCGCGACCCAGCGCGCUCUUGCCUUUCCGGCGACGCCUUCGUCGACGCAGGUCCAUUCUCGGAUGCCUCGUCUUAAUGAGGUGUCGAUGCUCUCCCGAAAUCGACACCGCGGACGUCGCCGUCGCGGGCGACCGCCGCAUAUCGCAUAGCGCGAAAUCGCACGGCGAAAUGUAUAUAUAACCCACGGAAAAUAAUUGACGAUCCGCCGGCAAUUUGAUUUUCACAGCCGCGUAAAAUCGAUCGGCGGAUUAGCGGCCGCGAUGAAUAUUUAAUAGGACAUGAUUGGCAUAGAGAUUGAAGGGUCGCUCAUGAUUUGUACAUUAUCGAAGCGAAACGUGUAAAUGGCGGAUGAAUAGUGCAGCGGCACCGUAAAACAAUAUGUUGGAGUUGAUAGGCUAUCAACGUUAAUACGUAACCUACGCAAUUGUAUACUCAUUAUGCACUACCUGUGUGUUGGGACGGCGUAAAUCGGACGGCGGCAUGUUUUCUCAGCGGCUCACAACGAUGUUUGAAAUUGCUAACGUAUCUCGUUUAAAUUGUAAGCGCGUCCGCACAGGCAGAAAUUCGCAAUAAGAUGGCCAACGAGAUUUCGAUUCUAGUACUCGGACUAGUCGUCUAAUGGCGCUCGAUGCGCUACGCCCGUUCGUCGAUUUCUAUGGUGUCGCCUGACGAUGGAAACGCGUCGAUUCGUAGUCGUGGAUAUGAGGAGCCACCAUGAAUUCUACUUCUUGACUGCACUCUCUGCACCUCUCGAGAUCCAUUUUCCUUCUCUUUCCCUUCUAUCGCAAAUGCUUGUUUGAUUUCAAGUGCAGGGAGUGUGCCGUGGUGCAAUUGAAAAGAACAGUAGUGACAAACAUUCAGUCGCGCCAAACCGAAACUGUCCGUUACAAAUUUGUGCAAACUGAAUUUCGAUCUUUUAUAAUUAUUUGAGAUCGUAAUGGAUUAUUGUGAAAUUCGGGAUUUAUUGGAAUUUUGAUGCUGCGUUCGCUAAUUGGUAUCUUGAAUAAUUACGAGCGUAAAUAUAUGACAAUGCGGUAAUAACGUGUAAUUAUCGCUGAUAUUUGUUAGAAUAAAAAUAUCUUUGCAAACUCCCGUGCAUAAUGAAUAGUCUGUAGAGCUCCGAUUAAUUUUAUUGUUGGUCGAUUGUGCGAUUGUGGUUUUCCACCCACCUGUUGAGCCGCAACUGUUACAGAUGUUCAUGCAACAUGGGGUUGUUGUAGAGGCAUUCUACAGUGAAAUCCCAAUGUCAGAUAAAAUGUUUGUUUAUUCGACGUGUAUCGUUCGAUAGAUUAAUGGAAGACUGUACUAAUAUACAUCCAUUAAAAAUACACGAGAUUGGUUAAGACACAAUAUGACCUGGCUUUUGUUUUUCACCAUUCAAAUUGUAUCAGCCAGUAUUGGCAACAUGGUUUUGAGAGAUUUAGGUGAAAAGGAAUAUUCUUUGCUGAAAGCAAAAUCAUUAUCACAGCAUGGAACAUGUUGGCAUGCUGCGCUCCAAACCUUGAAAAAUAAUUGUGAUAAAUUGAAUGAUCAUGAGCAUUCUCUUCUUGCUUUGCACUUAGCAAAUUGUUUCUUAGAAGAUUCUGGACAUAAUACUUAUGACUGUCAUCUUAGUCAAUCAGAAAAUGAGCGUCGUACAUGCAUCAGUAAUAUGGUAGACCGAGCGUUCAAUGUUUAUAAUGAAUUUUACACACAUGCAACUCACAUUUGUUUCUUCUUGAAUCAUGAAGCUUGGCAAGCUGAAGUUGAUAAUACCAUAAAAUUAUUGUUUCAAGUAUCUUCUCGAAUGAAGGAUCAACUUUUGGAAGCAUCACAAAUGCAGGGUAUUAUAUUGAACAGUCAGAAGGAAGGACUACGAGUCCAAAAUGAACUUUUGAAUCAUGGUAAAGAACUUGGAUCUGUACUGAAGACUUCAUCCGAGACAGUUAACAAUAUGGUGUUAGAUUUCAAAGAAUCAUCUAAAGAUCAGAGAGAGUUGCUCUAUGAAAUCUUCUCUUACAUGCGUACCUUUCAAAGCUGGAUUAUAGGAGAAGUCUCCUGGUUUCAAUCCAUUAUAUUUUACACAGUCAGCUGUAUUCUUUGUGCACUAUUCAGUUCUUCCAGAAGAACUGUUGACGCGCGUGUUACGCUGUUUACUAUUUUAAGCUUGAAUAUAGUGGCUGAGAGAAUAUUGGUACAAUAUUAUGAUAAUAUUGUACAUCAGUCUCCAGAUGAUAAGGCACAACUCUUGAGUACAACAUGGUUGUACAGGAAAAUUGCUUUAACACUCUGCGCUAUAACAUUAAUUUGUACAUACUAUUAUUAUAAAGAUGGACAUGUGGAAAAUUUUAAAGCCUUACAGAGAAUAGAGCAACAGUUGGAUGUCAUACAAAAGAGUACAAUCGUCGGCAAUAGUACUGAACAAAUUCGUUACUCAAAGCGACUCGCGUUGAAGCGAUUACAUACAGCUUCUAGCAAACGGGAUGUUACAAACAUCAUAAAUCCUGAAUAAUCGUAUUAAUUAAAAAGUAUUUGUAAAAGAUAGCUUCUCUUGCUGCAUCAGUGUAUGAUAAAGGUAAGGAUGAUAUGUUUAUAAUAAAAAGUAUUUAGA